AUGCCUAAGCCGCCAGCAGAGCCUAGCAAUAAGAAAGUGUGUAGAUCCAAGAAUUUGGAGCUGAUUAAAGCAAAAUUGGGAAAUGCAUUGAACGCUUACGAACGAAGAGAGCUGAUAAAAUUUCUUGAACAAAUUGGAUCCUGCGACAUCAUAGCGAAGCUGCCCAUCAGCAUUUUGAGUUUGGUAUGCCAGUACUUUACACCACACGAAUUAUGUCAGUUGAGAUUAGUAUCUAAAGAAUGGGAUAGAAAGACCACUCAUGAUUGUAUCUGGAAGCCUAUAUGUCAGGACUAUGGCAUCGUAGCUGCAAUGCCCGUAACAACGAUAACAGAUACCGUUGUGUUGAAUGAAGACAACAGUAACAACAACACCCUCACUUUUUUCAGCACAUUCAAACGAUCAUUAACAACGUCAAGGAACUGGAAGCUCUUUCAAAGCAAACGAUACGAAUUACACUUUAGCAAAGGGCCCAUCUUGAGCUUGCUAGUGGCUGAUAUAACACGUGUGUUCUCUGGCGAUUUGGAUGGAUCUAUACACGUUUGGAACGCUCAGUCGAACGAAUAUGUCACAGCAUUAAAAGCGCACACCAAGCAUGUCGCCUGUCUUGCGCAUCACCAAGAUAUGCUGGCCUCUGGCUCCUCUGACAUGACCAUCGCCAUACACAACAUGCAUACCUUUGAACAGAUUAACGUCCUAAGAGGCCAUGAAGGCCCAGUUACAUCACUCGUAUUUGCACCCAAAAUGACACACAACGAAACACUACUCAUCAGUGGAUCCACAGACCGCACCAUCCGUAUCUGGGACACGGCCAAAGAAACAUGUCUUCGUAUUUUGCAUGGACAAGAAAACACCAUCAUUUCAUUAGCAUUCUCUGCAUCGAUUCCACCAGAAUACUGUCAAUCUGAAGCAGACUCCUCAUCCGUUAGAAACAACAAAGCAGGCUACAUCAUCUCUGGCUCCAGUGAUCGCAAUGUGUUUGUCUGGGACCUGAAAAAGUCGAUAUUAGAUGAUUCGCCCCAAGUAAUCAACAGCAUCAUGGGCACGAAUGGACCCGUUACAGCCAUGGCCGUAUAUGAUGAAUCCGUCCACACCACACCCAAGCCAACGACAACAAUAACAGCUGACAACAAUCCCUACCUCCUUGCUAGAAAGCCCAUCCGUAUCCCACCGUUCGUUAUUUAUGCAGGCAUGUCUGAUCCCACUAUUUCCCUCUAUUCAAUACCUGGCCUAGAAAAGACCUAUAUUGAGGCGCCUAAUAUUCAUCGCGGCACAAUAUGGUCCAUCACUACUGCAACAUUACAUUCUAAACUAAUUACAACAUCUGGAGAUAGAACAGCCAUGAUUUGGGAUUUGAAAUCGCCAAAAAAGUGCACCACGUUGGGCGGCUUUGACAGUACAGUCGUAUCAUCUGCUGUCUCGCCGCAAGAAGAGAUCUUGUGCUUUGGAACAGAGAAGGGCACCUUGAUUGUCUUUGAUCUGCGGGAGUUUCAUUGA